CUCUUCCAGCCUUUCAUUACAACCUUCCUUACUGCAACCUUCCUUGUCAUCUCAGUACUAUUACUAAUACUACUACCAUGAAGUCCAUUGUUGCCGCCAUUGCCGCUCUUGCUGUCGCCUCCGUCUCUGCCCAACAGGCCAACAUUGUCAGCAUCACCUCCCCUCUCGAGGGAACCACCUACACUGCUGGUCAAGAGGCCACCAUCUCCUGGAUCAAUCCAACCGUUGACACCAUCUCCAAGAUUGUCCUUGCCAAGGGUUCUGCCACUGCCCUGCAGCCCGUUGCUGAUGUUGCUUCCAACGUGGAUGCCAAGGCCGGCAGCUACAAGUGGACUGUUCCCGCUGACAUUGCCCCUGGCAACGACUAUGCCUUUGAAUUGGGCCAGUCUCCCAAUCUGGCCUUUACCGGCCACUUUACCAUCAAGGCUGGUGAUGGCUCUUCCUCCAACUCUACCUCCUCCAGUGCCGCUUCUUCUGGUAGCUCCCCUAGCGCUUCCGCUUCCUCUGACUCCAAGCCUUCUUCGGGUUCGUCGGCCUCGGCCUCUGGCUCCAAUGAGGAGUCCUCCGAGCCCUCUUCUUCUGACUCUGCUGGCUCGGCUGAGGAAUCCGCCGACAGCGCCGCUGGCAAGGUUGUCGCCGCUCCCAUUGCUUUGGCUCUUGCUGGUGCCGUCGCUGCUGGUCUCCUUUAAAUGAUGGUUAUGACCAUCAUUCUUUUAAAACAGAUCUCUUUUUGUUUGAGAAACCAUUAGGAAACAAACAUCUUGACACGUCCACACCCACACACUCUCUCUCAUUUUCUCUUUUUCUUUGUACUUGUUGUCCGCUCUAUCUACUCUAUUCUAAUACACUCCCUCUUUUCUACAAUAUACGCCUUUUUUUUCCCUUCCUAGGAAAAAAUAAACUUUCUCUCUUUUAUUUUCCUCAUUAUAG